AUGGUGCCAUCACCAAGUUCUUCAUACUUGUCAAUUAUAGUGCUUUUGUUAUCAGUUUUAUUGAUAGAUUCAGCUUCAAUCGAAGAAAAUUUUAUCCAAUGUCUAAGCUCAUAUUUUUCAAGCAAUCCAAAACAGUUUUCUACAAUAAUUAUCACUAGAAAAAACGAAUCAUUAUUCACUAGCACUCUUGAUUCCACAGCACAAAACCUAAGGUAUUUGACACCUUCAACGCCAAAACCAGAGUUUAUAUUCACACCUUUGAAUGAAUCACAUAUCCAAGCUGCAGUUAUUUGUUCAAACAAAUUGGGUAUUCACAUGAGAAUACGAAGUGGCGGGCAUGACUAUGAAGGAGUCUCAUAUGUUUCUGAGAUUGAAACUCCUUUCAUAAUCAUUGAUUUGGCUAAGCUUCGUACAAUCAAUGUAAACAUAACAGAUAAUAGUGCCUGGGUUCAAGCUGGAGCCACGAUCGGAGAAGUUUAUUAUAGAAUAUCAGAGAAAAGUGAGGUUCAUGGAUUCCCUGGAGGCAUAUGCACAAGCAUAGGUGUUGGAGGGCACAUUGCGGGAGGUGGAUUCGGAGCCUUGGCGAGGAAGUAUGGGCUUGCAGCCGACAACGUCCUCGACGCAAAACUAGUUGAUGCCAAUGGUAGAUUACUUGACAAGGAAGCCAUGGGAGAAAUCCCAUUUUGGGCCAUUAGAGGAGGUGGAGGUGGAAACUUUGGGAUCAUUCUUUGGUGGAAGAUAAAGCUUGUUCCUGUGCCAAAAUCUGUGACCGUGUUUACAGUUAGCAAGACAACAGAACAAGGCGCAGAAGACAUUUUUAACCAGUGGCAAGAGGUGGCUCCAGGCCUUUUUGACAAAGAUCUUUUCAUAAGAGUCAUCUUUCAACCAGUUAGUGCUGCCAAUAAAACUGGGAGAAUCAUCUCAACUUCCUAUAAUGCCCUCUUUCUCGGUGAUACAAAUAGACUCCUCAAAGUUAUGCAAAAGGACUUUCCAGAGUUAGGUUUGACGGAAAAAGAUUGCUUGGAAAUGAGUUGGAUCAAAUCUGUGCUCUAUAUUGCUGGCUACCCUAAUGAUACAAACCCUAAUGUCUUGCUUCAAGGAAAAUCAACAUUCCAAAACUACUUCAAAGGCAAGUCAGAUAUUUUUACAACUCCAGUAGGCGCGUUUCAAGAGUUAUCAAGAAGGUUGCUUCAAGAAGAUAAUCCCUUAAUGAUUUGGAACCCAUUGGGUGGAGCAAUGUGGGAUUUCAAUUUUUAUGAUACGCCAUUUCCUUUUAGAUCAGAUUUCUAUUAUAUGGUUGAGUACUUAACUUUGUGGCAUAAUGCAUCUGAGGAUGUAUCAAAACAUUUAGAUUGGAUCAGGGAGAUUUACAAGUACAUGACCCCUGCUGUGGAUGACCAAAGAAGGGUAGCAUAUGUGAACUAUAGAGAUCUGGAUUUGGGAGUGAACAAGAAGAAUGCCACAAACUUUAAAGAAGCAGCAGCAUGGGGUAACGUAUAUUACGGAGUUAACUUUAAAAGUCUUGUGAAAAUAAAGAAAAAAGUGGAUCCUGAAAAUAUUUUUAGGCAUGAACAGAGUAUCCCAAUAGAUCUAUCGAUCAAGGUUUAA